AUGUCACACACCCAGAAUAUGUAUAAAGUGGGCGAUUAUGUUUAUUUCGAGACGCCCGAGAACACACCCUAUCAGAUACGUCGGAUAGAAGAUUUGAAUAAGGUUCGUCAACACUUGAAUUCUCGAUUUUUCAGUAUUCAGUCUUCUGAACCCAUCUACUUCUGA